AAUCUUUAAGAAGCAUCGGCGACUGCUUUACAUUUAGUAGGAAUGGGUCAUUUAGAUUGCGCUGUUCUUCCACACUCUCUACCAACCUUUUUGUUAUUACUAUCCUGUAUAUGUGGACUGUCCCUUGGUACGGAGCUGGGUUUUGUGACAUGCGGAUCCGUCCUUAAACUGUUAAAUAUAAAGCACAAUGUGAGACUACACUCGCACGACGUACGCUACGGCUCCGGUAGUGGGCAGCAGUCUGUAACAGGAGUGACCACAGUGGAAGACAGCAACAGCUACUGGAGUGUCCGUGGGACAGGUGACACCUUGUGCCAUCGUGGCAACCCGAUCAAAUGCGGGCAGAAUAUUCGUCUCACCCAUGUCAACACAGGCCGUAACCUGCACAGCCACUACUUCGCCUCCCCGCUGUCCUCUAACCAGGAAGUGAGUGCAUUUGGCGACGACGGGGAAGGGGACCACCUGGACGAGUGGAUGGUUCAGUGUGGGGGAUUGGUGUGGAAGCGCGAGGAGGCCGUCCGCUUCCGUCACAAGGCCACUGAUGCACUACUGUCAGUGACGGGGGAGCAGUAUGGACGGCCGAUCCACGGUCAGAGGGAAGUUCACGCCAUGUCGGGCCCCAGCCAGCACAGCCUGUGGAAGGCCAUGGAAGGCAUCUUUAUGAAGCCCAGCGAGAACCUGGCCGGCAGCCCGGACUACAGUCACCUACACACAGAGUUCUGAACCCCACUUUUUCUUCUUUGCUUCUGUCACUUCCCAAUUGUACUUUCUGUCUACAAUUUUAUUCCUACCUCUGUCCCUAAUUACACAUUUCCCACAACCUCUAUUCUCAUUUUCCUCUCCCAUCACCUUUUGACUAUCAUCUUUUGAGGAGACUGUGCCAAAGUCUGUCAUGGAUCAGGGCACAAUAACUUCACCUUAUCAAUCUGUACCAACCUUUCCUUAAUUAAUGUGUUUUACAAAACACAACUUGACAACUACACUCAAGAGAGCUGACAAAAUUUGACCAGAAUUAUAGUUUGCCUCAACAUGUACAAGGAGACAUUACGGUAUUAACAUUUUUUUUGUUUUACUGUACAAAGACUAAUUUGUAUUAGAGUUUGACGCUUUAAAUCCUCUCAGCUGUUAUUUAUUGUUAAAUAACUGCCAUCAGCAGUCACACCGCAACACAGAAGGCAGUGCAGGUUUUGCAGAUAAGUAUUCAUUCAUCAAGUAAGUCUUUGCUUUGUUGGAUUAAAAAAAAAUUGUUACACUUGUGCCUUUAUCCUUUUUAAAAUGUUGUAGGCUAGGUAUUUAAGCUGUGAAGCCUUUGAAACUUUUUGAAACAUAAGAAUUUUAUUGAGUUUUUAUGGCAUUUGUAAGCCAUAUUAUUCUCAAUGGACAAGCAGUGUUACCUUAAUACAAUACUUUUCCCCCCCUUGAAGGCUAAUUAAGUGUUUCAUAUAAAUUAUUUAACACUAACUGACAUGAGAGAAUAAGCUUUUUUUUUUUCUGUGGAGGUGUGUUUUUUUUAAAUGUACAUCAUCGAACUGGAUGCUGUUUGUUGUCUUGGUUUGAUCAGUUUCCAAGUGCUGGGAGAAGGUACAGUGUUUUACAUUCAUGCUGUCUGUUCAUGCAUGUGUUAGAUCAACUUUUGUUCGAGAGGUUCAUUUGAUCAACAAACAUGCAAUGAAUACCUCAUAUUAAAGUGAUUUUUAUGCAUACCA